UGGGCGGUGCCUCCUCCAUCCUGGAGCCGGCCAGCGAGGGCGGCAGGGAGCAGGGAGGAGGAGGAGGAGGUGGAGGAGGAGGUGGAGGAGGAGUUGGAGGAGGAGUUGGAGGAGCUGAAGAGGGAUUUGUCGCAGCAGUCCAGCGAAAGGAAAAGGACUUCCAGGGGAUGCUCUCAUUCAGCCGUGAGGACGAAGGGCGGUUAAUCAAGAACCUCAUCCUGGAGUGUCGGCCACGUGGUGUGGCUGUGAGUGUCACCCCGUGUCUCCCGGCCUACGUGCUCUUCAUGUGCGUGCGCUAUGCCGACCACACCAACGACGAUUCGAGGGUUCGCUCGCUGCUCACCGCCGCCAUCAACGGCAUCAAGCGUGUCCUCAAGAAGAGGGUGGAUGAUUUUGAGACGGUGUCUUUCUGGCUGGUCAACACGUGCCGCUUUCUGCACUGCCUCAAGCAAUACAGCGGAGAGGAGGCGUUCACACGACACAACUCGCUGCGCCAGACCUCCCACUGCCUGCGGAACUUCGACCUGGCUGAGUAUCGCCAGGUGCUGAGCGACGUGGCCAUACAAGUUUACCAGCAGCUCGUUCGGCUGCUGGAGGGGGCCCUGCUGCCGCUCGUCGUGAGCGCCAUGGUGGAGCAGGAAUCUAUUGAGGGCGCCGUCUCCAGCGUGAAGCCCAGCGGCCUCCGCAGGAGAACUCCUUCAGAGGGGGGGCCAAGCUGGGCGACGAUGGAGACGUUGCUGUCUCGCCUGUCGCUGUGGACAGCGACUUUGUCGUCUCAGGGGGCUGACCACGAGCUCCUGGGACAGCUGACGAGGCAGCUGCUCUACCUGGCGGGGGCCGCCGCCCUCAACGCACUGCUCCUGCGCAAGGACAUGUGUUCAUGGAGCAAGGGGGUGCAGAUACGCUACAACGUGUGCCAGGUGGAGGAGUGGCUCAAGGAGCAGGGCCUGCUGCUCCACACGGGGGCCAAGGAGGCCCUCGAGCCGCUCAGCCAGGCGGCUCAGCUGCUGCAGAUGAAGAAGAAGACGAGCGAGGACGCCCAGGCCAUCUGUGACACGUGUACAGCCCUCACCACGCCACAGAUCAUCAAGAUCCUGAACCUGUACACUCCCGUCAACGAGUUUGAGGAACGGGUCACCGUCACGUUCAUCAAGAACAUCCAGGAGCGUCUCCGUGACCGCAAGGAUUCCCCGCAGCUCCUGCAGGACGUCAAAUUCAUCUUCCCCGUGACGUUCCCCUUCAACCCCUCGCCGCUGGGCCUCGAGACCCUGCACAUCCCCGCCAGCAUGAACCUCGGCUUCCUCACUCGCGUCUGAGGAGCGCCGGGAGGGAGCGCCGGGAGGGAGCGCUGAGAUGGAGCGCCGGGAGGGAGCGCCGGGAGGGAGCGCCGGGA